CUGUUAACCACCCCAGUUUUGAUCCAUGUAAUACCUACACUGCGCUGGAUCAACCCUGGAGAUCCAGUAAUGAGACUGGACUGAAUAUUUGUGACAGCUACUUUAACUGGAACGGCUGGUAUCGACUGUUCAGUCAUGGGAUGAACACCCGUAUGCCGGAGAGCUGUGUUGAUGUGAACAGAUGUGGCACUUACUACACUCUGUGGCUCAACGGUCCUCACCCUCAGAUAGAGGAUGGAGUGGUCACUCGUCAGGUCUGUGGAAAUACAGGAUAUGACUGCUAUUACUUCAGAACUACAACCAUUCAAGUCAAGGCAUGCCCAGGAAACUACUAUGUCUAUGAGCUCAUCCGGCCAGAUUACUGCAACAUGGCCUACUGUACAGAUGGCAGCUACAUAACACCAACAUCAGCUCCAGCAAUCCCAGUCACUCCUGAAGAUUUUAGCAUGAGCACAGACAGUCUCACCAGCUCCAUGUUUGACCCCUGUGACCACUACAACGUCCUUGAUGAGUACUGGAGGAGCACUAAGAGCUAUUACACUGGUCAUGAUGACACGAUUGUUGAAUGGAAUGGCUGGUAUCGGCUCUUCCUUCAGGGAGCGAGCGCUCAGAUGCCUGAGUGGUGUGUGAGCUACAUGACUUGUGGUGGUUACACUCCACUUGCACUUGGUGGUGCUCACCCUCAGGUUCAGGAUGGUAUCGUCAUCAGAGAAGUGUAUGGGUCCAGUGGUAGCCAGUGCACAGCCUACAGAUCCAACUCAAUCCAAGUCAAAGCAUGUCCAGGAAAUUACUACGUCUAUAAAUUAGUGAGGCCUGAUGUAUCAGUCCCAAUGCCUUCUUACUGUGCAGUAACUGUUAACCACCCCAGUUUUGAUCCAUGUAAUACCUACACUGCUCUGGAUCAACCCUGGAGAGCCAGUAAUGAGACUGGACUGAAUAUUUGUGACCAUUACUACCUCAACUGGAACGGCUGGUAUCGACUGUUCAGUCAUGGGAUGAACACUCGUAUGCCGGAGAGCUGUGUUGAUGUGUACAGAUGUGGCACUUAUUACACUCUGUGGCUCAACGGUCCUCACCCUCAGAUAGAGGAUGGAGUGGUCACUCGUCAGGUCUGUGGAAAUACAGGAUAUGACUGCUAUUACUUCAGAACUACAACCAUUCAAGUCAAGGCAUGCCCAGGAAACUACUAUGUCUAUGAGCUCGUCCGGCCAGAUUACUGCAACAUGGCCUACUAUGGUAGCUACAUAACACCAACAUCAGCUCCAGCAAUGACAGUCACUCCUGAAGAUUUCAGCAUAAGCGCUAAUUUUACGACGGACUACAGUUUCGACCCCUGUGAGAACUACACUUCUCUUAAUGAUGAGUGGAGAACCACUCAGAAUUACUAUGGCUACAACAGUCACGACGACACUCUUGUGGAAUGGAGCGGCUGGUAUCGACUGUAUCUCCAUGGUAACAGUGCUCAGCUUCCAGAGUGGUGUUCAAACUACAUGGCAUGCGGUGGUUACACUCCACUUCUGCUUAGCGGCUCUCACCCACGACUACAGGAUGGCAUUGUGACCCGAGAAAUCUAUGGGUCCAGUGGUGACCAGUGCAAAUACUACAGAUCCAACUCAAUCCAAGUCAAAGCCUGUCCAGGACAAUACUACGUCUAUGAACUUGUCACACCGGAUGUUUCGAUCCCCAUACCAACUUACUGUGCAGUUAGUUUCAGUAUCUCCAGUUAUGACCCUUGUACUAACUACACCUCUCUCGACCAACCCUGGAGAGCCAAUAAUGCCACUGGAUUGGAUAUUUAUGACAGUAGCUUUAACUGGAAUGGCUGGUACCGGCUGUUCUAUUAUGGAAUGAAUAUCCAUAUGGCAGAGAGCUGUGUUUCUACAUACAGAUGUGGGUCUUAUUACACUCUGUGGCUCAAUGGUGCUCACCCUCAGAUCGAGGAUGGGGUGGUUGCUCGCCAGGUCUGUGGAAACACUGGAUCAAGCUGCUGUCACUUUGGUUUUCAUGCAAUUCAAGUGAAGGCUUGUCCUGGCAACUACUAUAUUUACCAGCUUACCGAUCCGAAGGAUUCCUAUAACAACUACAACUACUACAACACCUACUACUACCAUAACUACUACUACAAUCCCAUGGCAUACUGUACAGAUGCCAGCAGCAUAACUCCGAUCCAAACUACAGUAACUACAGGCAAUGAAUCCAGUAUAACAAUGACUCCAUCACCUUAUGAAUAUAACUUUGACCCCUGUUACAACCACACUGUUCUCAAUGAAGACUGGAGGAACAUACACUAUUCCUACACUGGUCAUGACGACACCACUGUUGAGUGGGACGGAUGGUACCGGUUUUAUCUCCAAGGAAGAAGUGCUCAGAUAUCUGAGGGAUGUGUGAGCUACAGAAAAUGUGGUGGUUACACUCCACUGGUGCUUGGUGGCUCUCACCCACGAGAACAGGAUGGCAUUGUUACACGAAGUGUUCUGGCGUUCUCUGGUACCAACUGCAAUUCAGCGUCCCAAUCCAAACCAAUCCAAGUGAAGGCCUGUCCUGGACAUUAUUACGUCUACAAACUCGUCAGGCCAGAUGUGUCCAAUAUAAUGCCAACAUACUGCGCAGUGGCUUACAAUUUCCCAAGCACUGACCCCUGUGAUAACUACAAUGUACUGGACCAGUCCUGGAGAGCCACAGACAAUGCAGACCGGAACUAUAACUAUUACUAUUGGUGGUGGUGGUACACAUGGUGCGACAGCUACACAUACUGGAAUGGCUGGUAUCGUCUUCUGUAUCACAGCAAUAACACCCGGAUGCCAGAGUCAUGUGUUAAUCAGGGCAUGUGUGGCACUGAUAUCCCUCUCUGGCUGAAUGGUCCUCAUCCUCGACUGGAAGAUGGAGUAGUCAGUCGGCAGGUCUGUGGGAGCUGGGGCGGUGACUGCUGCUAUUUUAAAUCCUUCCCCAUUCAAGUGAAAGCCUGUCCUGGAAAUUACUAUGUAUAUGAGUUUGUCAGUCCAGCCAUCUGCUCAUCAGCAUAUUGUGCAGAUGUUGCACAUAUUACUAUGACUGAGGCCCCCACUACAGCGAUGGUAGACCCCUGUAAGGAGCUGAACUGCACUGCAGACGAGUGGUGUGGGGAGAGCAAUGGGGUCUAUGGCUGCUUCUGUAAUGAGAACCAUCCUAGACCAGGCAACGACUCUUAUGACUCCAAAGAAGAGUGUGAGAGCAGCUCUGGCACCAUGUCUCUGUCCCGCUGUCAGCUCUUUGAAGCUGGUUUCUCUGCUGACCUCCUGCACCUGAGUGACCCCAACUGCACAGGGACAAUCCAGAACGGCAGAGUGGUCUUCCAUUUUAAUAACGAUGACCAUAUCUGUGGCACCAGUCUCACGGCCAACGGAACCCACUUCAUCUAUGAGAACACUAUCCAGGGGGGAGCAGAAUCAGGAGGAGGGCCCAUUCACAGAAAGAAAUAUCUGGAACUGCAGUUCUCCUGCAUUUAUCAGAUCAGCCAGACACUCUCCAUGGACACCGAAUUAACCCCUCUGCAGAGCGUAGUGCACAAGAACCUUCCAAAUGGUCAGGGGAUGUACCAGGUCAGAAUCGUUCCCUAUCAGGAUGCUGCCCUCUCCCAACCUUACAACGGCAGUGUGAAGAUAGUGGUGGACGAGAGGAUCUAUGUGGGAGUGUUUGUUCAGGGGGUGGACAGUCGUCAGAUUGCCACAGUGAUAGACUCAUGUUGGGCCACUCCUGAGAGGGACCAGCACCAUGCUGUCCGCUGGGAUCUCAUCACUAACAGAUGUCCUAAUUCAGCAGAUAAGACAGUGGAAGUUCUUCAGAAUGGUGUCUCCACUACUGGCCUUUUCUCCUUCAAGAUGUUUGCCUUUAACGGGAACUACCAGAAGGUUUUCCUUCAUUGCUCCAUUUACCUUUGCCUUCUGCAAAACAACAACUGUGCAGCGGACUGUGUCCCUGGAUUUCACCCAAGGGUUGGCCGGUCUGUGAACAACCAUGACCUGGCCUCCAUAUCUGUGGGACCAUUCAUUUGGACAACUUAAAGCACAGGUGCAUGGACUCCACAGAUAAUGAAGGUUCAGAUCUUCUGACUCUACACACCCUUAGAAAGAACGAUUAUACAUAACCCUGAUCUAAUCUCUUUUCAGUAAUUGUGCCACUAGUGCCAUUCUGAAUUUUUAUUUCAUUUUAAUAAUCUGCUUGGGAAUGAGUUUCUGCAACUGAAGAAAUAUAUAUAAUCAAGAUAUGCCGACUGUUAAAUUACAUACAUGAGCAUUAUUCGCCACUGACUUUGAUUUUUGUUGAUUUUUUUCAAAUAUGGAUAUAAUUAUCCAUGAUUACUUUAUGGUGAUUACUUUAUAUUAGCAUUAUAUAAUAAAUGUAUCUGACAAGCAUUA